AUGGAGGAGACCAAAAUCAACGAGGUUGAAAAAAGAGAGAUCGACACCAAGAACGAGUCGGAGAGCAGAGAACUGGCCACGAAGAAGAGGAGAAUCACCCUUGGGAUUCUCAUCAAACCAGCCAUCUUCUCACUCAUUUUCCUGGGAAUACUCUCAUUCGUCCUAGGCGGAUUCGUAUUCACCAGCUUCGAACACGCCUCAUUUUAUUUCAAUGCUCUACGAUCGUACGAGGACAGAGACAUGUCAAAGGUGGGCUAUACGACGAUGGACGCGUAUAAAUCGACACUCUACAAGGACAAGGAGAUGCGAUACUUCGACCAGGUGCAGCCUGGGACACUGAAGCAGACGAACUCAAUGCAUGGAUCCUGGUACAUUCUGCCGUAUCCAGAGGCAUUUCCGAUACAAAACAAGCUGCAAUUCAGGGCGUACAAGUCGGACGAGAUGGUCAAGCUGGACGUGGCACACGCAGAAAACAGGUUUAAAAUACUCAAAAAUAUGGACAAGAAGAAGUUCCAUUCGUGGAUUGUGGAUCAGCCUGUGACCAAAAUAAAGCCAUUUGGGACACUCUCAUCGGCAGAUCUGCAGUCUUCGAUUGCUGAACUGGAUCCAUGGGUAUCUGAGCUGGUGAAUUUGGCCCAGAAAGUCAUAAAGGAAUUCUCUCAAAAAUACAGGACGAGUAACUUCAAUAGCGAGACAGACCAGGAGUACUACGUGAAGAUGAACGAUAAGAAAGAGAUUGAACUAUCUUCUGAGCUAGAAAAGGGCAUUUUAGCUAUUUUAGAGAAACUGCCACAUGAUAGCAAAUUGGCCAAUAAUGGAAAGGAUAAAGUUACAAUAGAACAUGUCAAGGGGUGGUUCAAGCGACUUGGAUACGCGAAUCCAACUUUGGUUGACUCGGUCGUCUUAGGCAGAGUCUACUUCUGGGCAGCAAUCCACUCAUUGGAGGUGAAAGAGGAUGAAUUCGAAAAGAAGGUGGAAGACUUCAAGAAGAAGGUGGAGGCCAAGAAGGAGGCAGAGAAGAGCUUCAGGGAGCAGAACAAGAACGCAAAGGACGAAGACGUGGCAAAGGCGAUGGAGAAGUUUGCUGAGGAAAUUGGGUUUAUGCGCACCAUGUUCAUUUACAGGGGAAUUAGUACGAUAUUCUCUCACCUGUUUCUGUCUAAGAAGAGGACGCAGUACCAGAAGUUCCCAUUCAACAAGCAGGGCGACUCACGGAAUGUCUUCUCGCGCUUCUUUGGAAUUGCCCCAAGCAACGAGUCGUCAAAGAAGAUCGCCCAAAUUCUCGAGGCUAUGACUGGCGAAGAGUACCCUGCUAAAUAA